CCUUUUCUUUUCUUUUACUUUCCACGCUCCUUCACUAAUUCAUUCGCGCCAAUCUGUCCUAAACUUAUUGGAACAAGAAGAAUAAACCGUUCCGCAUACUUGACACGAUACCCUGAAAAACAUUCGCCGCCCUCCGUCCCCCUUCCAAUUUAAGUCUUGUAUAAGAAUCGCAUCACUCCCGUCCAAGCUUCUGGAACCACAAUCUGUACAGCUAGCUUCCAUAUUAUACUCUCACGACUUCGACCACCUUCAAUAACAACAAAUCACACUUACACACAAUCGCAAUGGCCCAAACCCUCGAGCAGCGACGGCGCAACGCCAAGUUCGUCAAGGACCAGGAAGCCCGCAGAGGCAAGUCCGAGGAGCAGAUCAAGAAGCGCACCAAGGAAGCUGCCAAGUCGCCCAUUUCCAUGUUCUGGCUCGUCAUCCUCGGUUUCGUCAUCUUUGGCGGACUUGUGUUCGAAGCCUUGUCGCGCUUCUUUGGCCUGUAAUUCAACAUUGGCCGUAGUCGAAUUCGAGUCGAGACAGAACACAAAGAAUCAAAAACGAAAGAAAAAAAUAUGUUUGAAAAUACGCUAGAACAGAGCAAAUGGGCUGGCCUUUCGGACAGCAGAAAGAGAGAGAGAGAGAUAGUGGAAGUCGGAGAGAGGAGAGACUGAGCGCGAGAGGCGAGGAUCCUUGGCGAACCAAAGAGGCCAUCAGUGUCAUGCUCAUCGCAGGCGCUGCUGUAACAUUGACAUUUCACCCGCGUAUCCUGCCCUUCUUGCAGCAUUCAUUUUCCUAGAGUUUUUAUAUCAUGGGGAUCUACGGCGCAUUGGCAUUGUACAUCCAGUAUUUAGGCGCUUUGAUAAGCGAGAGAAACAAGCAAAAGACAAAUUCAAUUCCAUUUGGU